AUGGAUCUUGACGACGAUGCCCCUCCAGAGCUCAUUGACACCACCACCAGGGUGGCAGACGAUGUCACAGAUGAGGAUGCCUCAAUCAAAGUGCCCAUCACCAUUGUAACAGGUUAUCUUGGAGCUGGAAAGACAACCUUGCUGAAUUACAUCCUCACGGCUCAACAUGGAAAGAAGAUUGCUGUGAUCAUGAAUGCACUGGAUAUUGAAAAGUCCCUUACGGUGAACAAGGGUGGGGAGCAGGUUGAGGAGUGGCUCGAGGUUGGCAACGGAUGCAUAUGUUGCUCGGUCAAGGAUACUGGAGUAAACGCCAUCGAAUCCCUCAUGAGCAAGAAAGGAGCAUUCGACUACAUUCUGUUGGAAACAACUGGUCUUGCAGAUCCCGGCAAUAUCGCACCGCUAUUCUGGGUCGACGAGGGCUUGGGAAGCUCUAUUUACCUAGAUGGCAUUGUGACUUUGGUGGACGCAAAGAACAUUUUGCACAGCCUUGAGGACCCUAGUGGUAAGCUAGAAGGUCACGAUGACAACCACGGUCCGCUUAUGACGACGGCUCAUGUCCAGAUCUCACACGCGGAUGUGGUUGUGAUUAAUAAAUCCGAUCUCGUGAGCGAGGCCGAACUCGAUCUGGUCAAGUCGAGGAUCGAGUCAAUCAAUGGACUGGCAAGGUUGCAUGUCACGGAGAAGAGCAUUGUGCCACAGCUGGAAGGCUUCCUGCUCGACCUACAUGCGUAUGACCAGCUCAACGAGGUCGACUUUGCUAAGAAAGGUCACAGUCAUCUUGACCCAACAAUAUCAACCAUCUCAAUCCCUGUCGGAGUUCUUCGUCCUGACCAGCUGGACCAAGUCGAUGCCUGGUUGAGGUCAGUAUUGUGGGAACAUCAGCUUCCGGGUGUUGAAGGGGCGCCAGAAUUCGAAAUCCAUCGGUCCAAAGGGCGCCUGGUGUUCAGCAACGGCGAGGUGAAAAUGCUACAAGGCGUUCGGGAGAUUUUCGAGCUUUUAGAUAGAGGUCAAGAGGAAGAAAAUCCGGGUCAAGGCAAGAUUAUCUUGAUCGGGAGACAGGUAUCAGAAGUCGGAUUUGAGGAAAGCUUCAAACGAAGCAAGACCACAAUAGGUGCUGACGAGAUGAAUACUCCAGGACCAGUCCCGCAGCCGAUGCGGGGGAUUCCAGGUGGCUAUGGCGGUCAGCAACAACCUCAGCAGUCAGGAAGAUCUGUGCCCAAUCGUCUGCCAAAUGGAAAGAUAGGAUGGGCAUUCGGUGGUGGGGUGCCGAUGGGAGGAGUUGGUCUCCAGAAUCCCACGCGUCAAAUGGGCGGAAACGUCAGCUUCGCACAGAGCUUGAGCGGAUCUCAAUCGACAGCACCGUUGGAUUUGUCGGAAUUCCCGUCACUGUCGAAUAAUGCUCAAUUGCCAUCUGCUAACCAAGGAUCUAUGUGGUCGAGUGCUGGAAGUCGAAAUCUGAGCGGUCCAGUCCAAAGAAGCCAGGCUACGCCAAUCCAAUCACAAACCGGACAGGAUGAUCUUUUCAACCCCUCAACAUCUCGGAUGACGUCAACGCAUGGUUCCUUCCGAUUCGGUAGCCAAGGAAACCCAUCGAGCACAAGCCAAGCUCAGUCGAACAGUGUAGAUGAUUUUCCUCCGCUGAAUCGAAGUGGGAAUGGGGAUCUCGCGCCUGGCUCACUUGGUUUCGGAUCGCCGAAUGGCGCGUCAGCGGGGCCACCACAAACCACUCGGGGUAAUGGACUUCUGAAUGCUCUCUCUGCUAACAGCCGGUCGAGCGGUGUGCGGUCACCUCCUGGAGGUCUCACGCGGUCUCAGCAUGCGUUCCGUGAGGACAGCCUGGAUAAGAACCUGCAAACAGCUGUUUCGCUGAGAACCAAAGAAGGCGAAGUUGCAAACUCUAAAUCAAAGGAGGACAAAGAAAACCAGGCCCCAGAAGCUGUUGAUCCUCUUGAAGGGAUGCCUCAAGCUGACAAGUGGGGGGUGAAGGGCCUAAGAACGUUGAUGAAUAAUUAUCCCGACUAUCACACUAUGGUCGUAGGCAUUGAUCCUGGAACUUUGGGCGUGGACAUCACCUCUCCAGAGCUCAUCUCCAACCAGCAUUACUCUCUAUUCGACGAUGCGCCACCUCGCCCUACCGUGAGUGGCAGCAAAUUUCGAUUACCUGACUGCUACAACGUUACCAACGUGCAACCUAUUGAAACCAAAAUCGGAAGCUUCAAUGAAGAAACUCUAUUCUGGAUCUUCUAUAGUUGUCCCAAUGACAUCAAGCAACAUUUGGCUGCUUCUGAAUUACAUACUCGUAACUGGAGGUGGCACAAGAAGCACCAAGUGUGGCUUACCAAGGACGAACACAUGACUCCUCAAAUCCUAAGCCCGACGCACGAGAGAGGCUACUACAUCGUCUGGGAUACGGCUACCUGGAGGAAGGAUAGACGAGAAUUCACCCUGUAUUACAAUGACCUAGACACGUCGCUGAGUCAACCACCGGUAUUGUCCUAA